AAAGAACAUCAAAAGCAGUGCGGAGACUGGACACCGGAGGCAUGAGGCAUCUUUCUCAUAUCACAGGUCACAACAGUCCAUUUCAGUCUCAGCGCUGUCGCUCAACUGCUCAAGGAGGCACGGGGCUGGAAAGGGCAAGAGGAGGAGAAGCUGAACCAUGGCGAGAGUAGAAGCGGUGGUCAUCUGCCUCCUGGUCCUCGCCAUGGACGUCGCCGCCGGCGUGCUCGGUGUCUACGCGGAGAAGGCUCAGAACCAGGGCAGGCACCUGCGGAUCCUGUUCGUGGAGUGCCGGCAGCCGGUCCGGCGGGCCUACGAGCUCGGCAUGGCGGCGGCCGCGGUGCUGGCGGCGGCGCACGCCAUCGCCAACGCGGCCGGCGGAUGCGCGUGCGCCUGCUCCGGCGACAAGCUCCGCCGGGCGUCGCCCAACCGGCAGAUGGCGUCCUUCGCCUUGGUCCUCACAUGGAUGGUCCUUGUCGUCGCGCUCUCGCUGCUGGUGCUCGGCGCGCUGCCCAACGCGAAGCGCAAGCUGGCGGAGUGCGGGGUGGCGCGGCACCGGUUCCUCUCCAUCGGCGGCGUCCUCUGCUUCGUGCACGCGCCCUUCUGCGCCGUCUACUACGCCUCCGCUAGCGCCGCGGCGCGGGAGGCUCGCCGCGACGCGACGCACGUGUAGUCUGUUCGGUUCUAUUAGCCACCCCUCCAUGAGACCAUGACUGUAUCGUGCUCUUGACGAAGGUGCUGGCACAGAAGAUGGCGUCGGACGGGCUGGGCAUGGGAUGUAAUUUUGCUCGUUUCUCGAACGAUCAUGCAUGGCUGUGCAUGGGAUGGAAUUUAUCUCGUCUUGCAGGUA